UCUUUCAAUAUCUCUCAUGCUGAUCUCUUAGAGAGAAGAAACCAGAAACUAAAAUAGAGAAAUGCCCAUCUUUGCAGCCACAGCAACAGGCUGGGCUUCAGGAAUUGCUUUUCUCUCGCCACACCAUUCUUCUUCUUGCGACGGUGCUUCUUCCCAGCAGCAGCAGCAGCCUUUCCCUUCAAUUACUGCAUUUACCAUUACCAAUUCAUUCAAUUCGCUACACUUCUCCUCUUCUGUCAGAUACCCUCUUCACGUCGCCAAGGUAUCUGUCUCCGGCGAUGCCAAAACAGAAGAUAUCGACGGAGUUGAGUCCGUCCUAGUUCCCAGAGACCAACCUUCUCUAUCGGACGAUGAUUUCAGGAAAGCACGGAGGUCUGCUGACUGGAAGGCAGCAAAGGCUUACAAUGAGAAGUCAUUCAUUUACGAAGGCAAGGUUGAAAGUGUUAAUGGAGGAGGUUUACUGGUUCGCUUUUAUUCUCUAGUUGGUUUUCUUCCUUAUCCAUUAUUGAGCCCCUCUCAUUCCUGCAAAGAUACUAAAAAACCCAUCAAAGAGGUAGCAACAGCUCUGAUUGGUUCCACAAUUUCAGUGAAGAUAAUCCAAGUGGAGGAGGAGAAGAGGAAAUUGAUAUUAUCAGAGAAGGAAGCAUCAUGGGCAAAAUUCUCUAAGCAAAUAAAAGUUGGAGAUGUUUUUGAUGCAAGGGUGGGGUAUGUUGAGGAUUACGGUGCAUUUGUUCAUCUGCGUUUUCCAGAUGGUUAUUACCAUGUUACUGGACUUGUACAUAUCUCAGAGGUGUCAUGGGAUUUGGUUCAGGAUGUGAGAGAUGUAUUAAGUGCAGGUGAUCAAAUCAGGGUUAAAGUCAUUAAACUAGAUAGGGUAAGAUCGAGAGUUAUACUAUCGAUCAGGCAAUUGGAGGAAGACCCUCUUCUAGAAACUCUAGACAAAGUCAUUCCUCAGGACAAUUCGCUAAAUUCUGAAACCGAGAGUCGAGGAGAAUCAUAUGUAGACAUCGAACCUCUUCCUGGCCUGGAGACAAUACUGGAAGAGCUACUAAAGGAAGAAGGGAUCGUUGAUUUAAAGAUUAGCCGACAAGGAUUUGAGAAACGGGUAGUUUCACAAGAUCUACAGCUCUGGCUUUCAAAUGCGCCAAUCACUGGGAAACAGUUCACUCUCCUUGCUAGAGCCGGGAGACAGGUGCAGGAAAUACAAUUGACAACUUCGCUUGAUCAGGAGGGAAUUAAAGCUGCAUUGCAGAGGGUUUUAGAAAGGGUGCCAUGAAUCUAUUGGGUUUUUUGCAUAUCUUUGUUUGAGCUCAUACAUACCCCCACAACUCCAAAUGGCAAUUACCAUUCUAUUUUAUAUUAAUAUUGUUCUUCUUGUCCCUC